GCGCUGGUGUGAGUACUACGGAACGAGAUGUCUCCGUAGAGGCGGAGGCGCAGCACACCUCAGUGAAUGCCUUGAUGACCAUGACGAUCAAUAAGGCAAAUGGCAAACAAAAUCCGCUGGCGACUGCCGGCUUUCUGUCAAGGGUCUUCCUGUGCUGGUUAAGCCCGCUGCUGCACCUUGGCCAAAAAAAGAGGCUGGAGGAAAGUGACAUGUACAGAGUUCUUCCAGAGGAUCAGUCUGAAAUACUGGGAGAGGAACUACAGAGAUUGUGGGAUCAUGAAGUUAGAAAGGCUACAAAGGAACUUCGGAAGCCCAACCUCAGCAGAGUUCUUAUUAAGUGCUACGGGAAGUCCCUCAUAUUGGCUGGGUUGUUUGUGUUUUCACUGGAGGCAAUCAAAGUGAUCCAGCCGCUCCUUCUGUGGAACAUAAUCCAUUACUUCGAGAAUUAUGACCCAGACGACCAGAGAAAUCUUACUAUUGUGUAUUGUUAUGCUGCUGCGAUGUCGCUCUCCACCUUUGCACUGACCAUCCUCCAACAUCUCUACUACUACCACGUCCUAAGAACGGGCAUGAAGAUGAGAGUGGCCAUUUGUCACAUGAUGUACAAGAAGGCUCUCGUUCUCAGCUGUGAAUCCAUGGGCCGAACGACCACCGGACAAAUCGUGAACAUCCUCUCGAAUGACGUCAAUCGUUUUGAUGAGAUUACAGCCAAUCUGCACUACCUGUGGUUGGGACCUCUUCAAGCGAUAGUGAUCAUCAUUUUGCUUUGGUACGAGAUCGGCCCCUCGUGUCUGGCAGGUCUGGCAGUCAUCGCCCUCAUGAUGCCAGUACAGGCCUGGUUUGGAAGUCUCUUUGGCAUCUUCAGGAGCAAAACAGCAGUUCUCACUGACAAUAGAAUCCGCAUCAUGAACGAAGUGGUGUCUGGCAUCAGGAUCAUCAAGAUGUAUGCGUGGGAGAAGCCAUUCUCAGCUCUGCUGACUGACGUCAGAAGGAAAGAAAUCAGUCAGAUAUUGAAGAGCUCCUAUCUACGAGGACUCAACAUGGCGUCCUUCUUUGCCAGCAGCAAGAUCACCGUCUUCAUUACCUUCACUUUCUACAUCCUCCUGGGCAACAACAUCACUGCCAGCAGCGUGUUUGUCACAGUUUCCCUCUUUGGUACAAUCAAGCUCACGGUCACCUUGUUCUUCCCACUGGCCGUCGAGAAGCUGUCAGAGACGAUAGUCAGCAUCCGCAGGGUUAAGAAUUUCCUCCUCCUGGAAGAAGUUGAGAGGAGAAACUUUGGACUACCUCUGGAGGAAAAGAAGGAAAACUGUAUAGAGAUCGAGAAGUUGACCUGCUACUGGGAUAAGAGUUUGGAUGCUCCGUCUCUGCAGAACAUCUCCAUCACAGUGAAGUCACACCAGCUUCUGACUGUGAUUGGCCCGGUGGGGGCUGGAAAGUCUUCCCUGUUGAGCGCCAUUCUGGGAGAGCUGCCUCAUGACUCAGGAAUGCUCAAGGUCAAAGGUCAGCUGACUUACGCCGCCCAGCAGCCCUGGGUGUUCCCUGGGACCAUCCGCAGUAACAUCCUAUUUGGGAACGAGCUGAACCUCCAGAAGUAUGAACGAGUCAUCAAAGCCUGCGCUCUAAAGAGGGACCUGGAGCUGCUCCCGGAUGGAGACCUGACACUGAUCGGGGACAGGGGGGCCACGCUCAGCGGGGGACAGAAAGCUCGUGUCAGCCUGGCGAGGGCUGUGUAUCAGGAUGCAGACAUCUACCUCCUGGAUGACCCUUUAAGUGCUGUGGAUGCUGAGGUCGGGAAACAUCUUUUUGAGCAGUGCAUCUGUGGCCUGCUGAGGAACAAGUCUCGUAUCUUGGUCACCCACCAGCUGCAGCAUCUGAGGGCAGCCGACCAGAUUCUGGUCCUGAAGGAGGGUCACGUCACGGCUCUGGGUACCUACAGCGAGCUGCAGCGCUCGGACCUCGACAUCGUGUCCCUGCUGAGAAGCGACGAGGAGCAGGAUCGGUGGUCUCGAUCAGCCGACCCAGACAGACUGUCGUUACACAGCCAGAGGACCACCCUCUCGCACAGUUCCCACUGUUCUUACAGCAGCCUCCUGCCGCCAGAGAGCAGCUGCACUGACCAGCUUCCUGUUGAAACAGUUCAUACCAUGUCAGAGGAGACUCGAGUUGACGGGGGUGUUAGCAGCCACAUUUACCUCAAGUACUUCACUGCAGGCAGUAACCUUCUGUUGUUGGUGGUUAUAGUACUGCUUAGUGUCAUAGCUGAGGUUGCAUAUGUUCUGCAGGACUGGUGGCUGGUUUAUUGGGCCAGAGACGAGGUCUUUAACAGCACAGUCAGUGCUGUCAGUAUUCAACAUGGCUCUAAUGCUACUGUGUCAAAUCAAGAGCUGGAUCUCACGUUCUACCUCAGUAUUUAUUCAGGUUUGACUGCCGCUGCUGUGGUGUUUGGCUUUGCCAGGAGUUUAGUGAUCUUUAAUGGGUUGGUGAGAUCGUCUCAGAUUCUGCACAACAGUAUGUUCAGCGCUGUCAUCCGCACGCCUGUUCGCUUCUUUGACGUCAACCCCAUAGGAAGAAUCCUCAACAGGUUUUCCAAAGACAUCAGCCAGAUGGACUCCACGCUACCCAUCACCUUUGUGGACUUUUAUCAAUUACUUUUGCAGAAUGUUGGCGUGGUUGUGGUGGCGGCCUCAGUCAUCCCUCUCAUCCUCGUUCCCGUCGUUCCUCUGCUUAUUUUCUUCCUGUACUCGAGGCGUUACUACCUCCGGACAUCACGAGACAUCAAGCGUCUGGAGUCGACAACUCGGAGUCCAGUGUUCUCCCAUCUGUCCUCGUCUCUUCAGGGCCUGUGGACGAUCCGAGCCCUCAGAGCCCAGGGCAGGUUGAAGAAAGCUUUUGAGGCACACCAGGACCUGCACUCAGAGGCGUGGUUCCUGUUCCUGAUGACCUCACGCUGGUUUGCAUUGCGCAUCGACAGCAUUUGCUCCUUAUUUAUCACCUUUGCAACAUUUGGCUGCAUCCUACUCAGAGAUGGACUGGAGGCUGGAGAGGUGGGCCUGGUGCUGACCUAUGCUGUGACACUGGUGGGAAACUUCCAGUGGACGAUGAGGCAAAGUGCCGAGAUGGAGAACAUGAUGACGUCAGUGGAGAGGGUGGUGGAGUAUACAGAGCUGCAGAGUGAAGCACCCUGGGAAACCAAAAUGCGUCCUCCUGCUGAUUGGCCCAGCAAAGGCCUGGUGACCUUUAACCAGGUGAACAUGUCCUACAGCGACGAUGGACCACCGGUCCUCAAAGACGUCAGCGCCACUUUCCAGCCCCAUGAGAAGGUGGGGAUCGUGGGAAGGACCGGUGCUGGGAAAAGCUCCCUGGUCUCAGCUCUGUUCCGCCUGGCGGAGCCUCAGGGGAAGAUCUACAUCGAUGGUGUUUUGACCUCUGACAUCGGCCUCCAUGACCUGCGCCAGAAGAUGUCCAUCAUCCCUCAGGACCCGGUGCUGUUUACUGACACUGUGAGGAAAAACCUGGACCCUUUCAGCCAGCACACUGAUGAAGACCUGUGGAAGGCUCUGGAGGAGGUGCAGCUGAAGUCUGUGGUGGAGGAGCUGCCUGCUAAGCUGGAGAUGGUUCUGGCCGAGUCGGGCUCCAACUUCAGCGUGGGCCAGAGACAGCUGGUGUGUCUGGCCAGAGCCAUCCUGAGGAAGAACCGCAUCCUCAUCAUCGAUGAGGCCACGGCCAACGUGGACCCCAGGACAGAUGAACAGAUUCAGAAAACCAUACGGGACAAGUUCAGAGAAUGCACCGUGCUGACCAUCGCUCAUCGCCUCAACACCAUCAUAGACAGCGACAGGAUACUGGUGCUGGACAGCGGUACCAUCCAGGAGUUUGACCGUCCCCUCACCCUGCUGCAAAACAAAGAGGGGGCUCUCUACAAGAUGGUGCAACAGACGGGCCAGGCUGAAGCCUUGCUGGAGGCUGCCAAACAGGCAGGACAGCAGUCUUGACAGCCUGAGGCCACCUGAGCAAGACUGCCUGUGUAACAGAGUCCAGAUGUAAGUAUGUGAGAACACCUGAGGCCUCAGAAGAUCGUAUGUUUGCAUUACAUGUGGGUAAGGCAGUGUUCUCCUGCAAUGAUCCCUUUGUGCUGGAAGUCCAACUGUAAACCUUAAGGGUUGUACUACAAUAUGUAUAUGCAUUAUUUGUUGUUAUAAAGACUAUUCCAUUUUUACCUUAGAUCUGGUCCUUGUCUUGUUUAUUUGCAAUGGUAAUGGUAUUUUUUCUUAUUAGACAAUAACAAGCCUUUUGCCCAUUGCCGAGCCCGUCAGGAAGACAUCCCUUAAUACGGUAAAACCCUUUAUUUCUGUGUAUAGUUUAGAUUUUGAUCCAAAGGACAUCACCACAGUCAGAUCUGUAGGUGUUUAUGCAGCAUUUGACAAACCAAAAAUGUACAAAUUGGCAGUUGAAACAUUAAAGUGUCUUAAUUGGAACAAUAACUCGACAGACUCCAUGUCAGCUGUAGCAGACUGCCACUUGAGCUUCUUCCCUGUAAACGUGAAAGUCAAUGGAGUGAAUAGAACAAAAUAAUUUUCUAAAGGUGACAAACAUGUUUAUCAAUCAACAUACAAAACACAUUUUUACUGAGCUCGCAGGAAAGUGUAGAUUUGGUAAUGACUAGUGCAGUGCCACCUGUAUAUACACACACACAUAAAGGCAACUUUGGAUACAGAUUGUCUAUCAUUUGUUAAAUUAACACCUGUGCAAACCUGAAAUAAGGCACUUACAGGUUUAAGGAUUAUGCAAGCAUUUAAAUGUAAUGUCUCCAAGGCAUCAGUAUACUGAGCAGCAAUUUGAUAAAUAUUAAGCACAGAAAAUAAAUAGUGAUUUCCAAGCUAUCUCAGCUUGAAGGAAACAACAGCAUAUCGUUGGACAGGCUGUGCUGAGGCCGGUGCCUCUGCAGAUCCUGUCUCCUCACCAGCUUGUUGUCCAGGUGCUGUGUGCUUUCACCACAUGCUGGGGGGGGGCAGUACAAGCCCAGACACUUUCAAGUCUUUAGGCAAGGCGGCGAGUCACAACCUCCAGCUCACAGAGCUGUCUCAAAGAUAACCAAGUUGCCGUCUGCGGUUUCUGCAUGUCCGUUUGAAAUGUUGGGAUGGUCUCUG